AUGCCCUCCAAUGACAUAUCUAAUGAAGCUCUCAGUGAUGCUACUGCCCAGGUCCUACAAAUCCUAGCUAGAGCGCUGAAGUUGAAGGAGGGUCACGCCGAUCACAUGAAGAUCACUGUGGAGAUGGGGAAUAUUUUGUCGCCCAAUUUUGCAAAGUAUGGGAUGUCGGCUACCUUGAUCCAUCCGGUGCUUCUCUCGGUUGCAAUGGAGUUGUUGGAACAUCUGGAUCCCAGCCAGAAAAACUUUGUCAGUGCGCCGGAGUGGAAGAAUAUCAAGGCGAAUGAUCCCCGCAUCAAGAAGCAUCCAUUAGCCAAGAAGGCACGCCGUUUUUCAGCAUCUGGGCCCAUCCCGGAAGACACAUUGCCAGCCUCUCAACCGGCGGCUGGCAUUGUAGUUCCUGCGCCGACGCCAGCUCCUGCUAGCUCAUCCAAGCCCAAGUCAAAGGCCAGGCCUUUACCGAGGAGGAAGAAGGUGGAGGAGUUGCGUUUGGAAGGUGAUGGGAUAGAAAUUGUUCCAGCUGGCAAUGGUGGAGAUGUUGCGCCUGCGGCAAAUAAGCCAUCUGAGACGGCGAAGGUGAAGGGAAAGGGGAAAGGGAAGGGGAAAGGGAAGGCCAAGGAUGAUGAGGUGGAGUGUGCUCAAGUGCUUGGGAUCCUGAAGAGGCGAUGGGAAUCAACUCCAAGUCGCUCACCGAUGAAGACCGAUCCAACGGCAGAACAGCAGCCUAUGUUUGGAGAUCGUCUCCCAUUGCCGAUGGUACUAGCAAAGAAGCAGAAAGUUGCUCAGUCGCUGACAACGGAAGUCGGUGAUUUGCUGAAGGAAGAUGUCAAUGCUGACAAUGAUGGUCCGGAGCUGGUGCCGCGCUAUAUGCUUGAAAGUGAUGAUGCUAGGAGUGGACCUGUGCUCUCCGGCGCCAGCACAAGUGUCCUCGUCCCGAUAUUAAAUCCUCCGUCAGACUCCCUUCUGGACCACAUGGAGGUAGAUAUGUUGGGAGACUCCAUGUUGAACGAGCUGCAGGCCAUGACAUUGGAGGUUCGUCAGGACUCCACUGCAAUGCGUGCCAAAAGUACUGGACUGCAAGAUACUGUAAAUCACCUUCGGUCCAAACUUGACAAAUUGGAGGCUCGCAAUCUAGUCACUACUGACUUGGUCAAGGUGAUGAACAAGCGCAUCGCCAAUCAAGAACUCGACAUCGUUGCAAUGGAGGCUCUAUGCACUGAGCUCAGCGACCUUCACCAACAAGUUAAGGUAUUGCAGGAUGACGGGGCAACUCAUGACCAGCAACUCCGGCGUGCUGAAGAGCAAUUGGCUCGUCAAGAGCGUACCACCGGUCUCCUUCAGGAUAGCUAUAACGCUCUGUGCCAACGUAUUAUGGCACCCAACCAGUCAUUUGCUACUACCCCUUUCCCCAAUGGCGUAUUCCUUACCAACAUACCUACAGCGGCAACCAAAGCUGUCAUUCCUCUUAGUGUUGCUCAGACACAAGCCUUGGAAGCGUUGUACUUGAACAUGCUGACUAGUGCAUCCGGGUUGGGGGGCCCAUUUUUAGGCAAUGUCGCCGGUGGCUCCCAGAUGUACAGUGCUGUCAGUACCAAUGUCGCCGGUGGCUCCCAGAUCAACAGCGUUGUCGGUACCAAUAUGAACAGUGUUGUUGGUACCAAUGUCGCCGGUGGUUCCCAGAUGAACAGUGUUGGUACCUCAAAUGUUGUUGGCAGUGCUGAUGAUGGUGGACCUGCCUUUGGUGAUUCGGCAUCAGGAAUCCGACGUGUAGCUGUCAGAAAUUUUAGCGGCAAGAUCUUGUGUUUUGAUCCGGCAUAUUUGCACAUGCCGGCCCAUGAUGCGGCAAGAGCAGAUUGUCGACAUGUUAUUGGUGACAUUGUGCUACCUGUGCUCUUGGCGCUCUCAUCAAAUGGCAUGCCGACACUGGGGGACACUGGCGCUGUUGGCGCUGUCAUCACACUGCAUGCCGACACCGGGGAUGGGUGGGACACCGGCGCUCUCGGCGCUGUCAUCAAACUGAAUGCCGAUACUGGGGAUGGAUGGCCAGACAUAUUAUUUUCUGCUCUGAUCGCAGGGAAGCCAAACGUCCUUCCUCCUCUGGAGCUCAAUUUCUCUAUGCUUAUGGGAUGCUCCAACCUUGCCAGCAAGCUCGCCGAUGCCUAUCGCAAUCCAGUCACCAUCAACUUCGAUAUGGUUAGGUAUGCGGAUGCACUGCAGAUGAUGGAGAAAAGGAUUAAACCUGAGCGUUGA